AUGACAUUGGAUAUCAACCAACCAAUCGCACUGCCAUGUGGCCUGGUGCUGCAGAACCGUUUAGUGAAGGCUGCUAUGGCUGAGGCUAUGGCAGAUAAGAGCCGCGUGCCUGACCAGAAGUUUACACGGGCUUACGGCGAAUGGGGCAAAGGAAGAUGGGGUGGCCUACUGACUGGAAACAUCCAGGUUGAUCCACGUGAUCUAGGAAAUUAUUAUGACCUGGCAGUUCGUGAAUCCGGGGUGAGUAAGGAUCAAUUACAUGCCUGGAAGCAAUACGCCGCCGCCUGCCAGGAGCAGGGCACUCCAGUCAUCGCUCAGAUUUGCCAUCCUGGUCGCCAGUCCCCGCGAGGUGCAGGCGAAAGAGGCAUGUUUGGGACGCCUGUUGCACCUAGCCCAAUUCCUCUCCAAAUAGGAACUGGCUGUGUGGCGUCCGUCAUCAGGAACAUUGCUUUCGGUGUUCCGAAAGAAAUGACCGUUUCAGAUAUUGAAAAUGUAGUUCAGAAAUUUGUGAAUUCUGCCCGGUUCCUGGCGGAAUGUGGUUUUGCGGGUGUUGAGCUCCAUGCUGCUCAUGGUUAUCUUUUGUCACAAUUUUUGUCCCCGAAGAGUAAUGUACGCCAUGAUAAGUACGGUGGCAGCCCUGAAAGACGCGCUCGUAUCGUUCUUGAAAUCAUCAAGGAAACCCGUGCCGUGGUGCCUGAGAACUUCUGCAUCGGACUCAAGCUCAACUCUGCGGACCAUAGCGCGUCCGACUUUGAGGACACCAUGACACAGAUUGGCCUCUUUGCAGACGCCGGAAUAGAUUUUCUGGAGGUAUCGGGAGGGACAUAUGAGGACCCAAAGAUGGUGGGUCGCGGACUCCAAGAAGAGAGUGCAACCAAGAGUGUACAGCGUACAGCAGCACGAGAGGCGUUCUUCUUUGACUUUGCUAAGGAGACCAGGGAACGCUUCCCAGGUCUCAUCCUUAUGCUCACCGGAGGCUUCCGUAGCCGGAGAGGUAUCCAUGCCGCUUUGAAAGGUGGGGCGUGUGAUAUCGUUGGCAUCGGGCGCCCAGCAGUUGUUUGUCCAAACUUCCCUGAACUGAUGAUGGAUGAUAAGUAUACGGAUGAUGAAGCAACCGUUGCUCUAGGAAAGGUACCAACACCUCUGUGGGCAAGGAUACUUCAGAUCAAAGUGCUGGGUGGAGGUGCGGAAACGCAAUUUUACGCGGGACAGAUUCAACGAUUGGCUACCGGGUAUGCUACUCAUGCACCUUGA